AUGCACUAAAAGCACAUAAUUCUGAAUGUUUAAAAAAUGAAAAAUGGAUGCCUCUAUGGCUUGAAAAAAUAUCUUCACAUGCACAUGGUCAAGCAAGGAAAUUAAGAGGGCAAUAUUCUUCUCUAAUAAAAGACAGCCUAUUUAAAGUUUUUAAAGAGUGUGGUAUAACACCAGUGAAUACCAAUACAUCUAUAAAAGAU